AUGGACAGAAACGGCACGUACAACAUUUCUGGUUUUAAUGCAUCUGAUGAAUCAGGCACUCAUUCAAGCGACGUCAACCGCGUCCUUGAAGUCCUCCAUUAUACAAAUUUCAUUUUCCUUCCCACCUUUCUUGUCCUUGGCCUUGUAGGCAACUGCUUGUCCAUCAUCAUAAUGAUAAGACCAAAAUUUAAAAACAUCACAUCAAGCAUGAUUCUUAUGGCACUCUCAGUUUCCGACUCCGUCCUCCUUCUGACACAACCGUUCAACAAAAGAUUUAUCAUUCAACUUAUUGGUACUGAUCUUCGGGCACUCUCAGAUAUAGGAUGCAAAAUAUUCUUUGUAAUAUUCAAAACCUCAAAGAUGACGUCUUCUUGGCUAGUGGUCGCAAUGUGUGUGGAGCGAUUCAUAGCUGUCUGGUUUCCUUUAAAAGCCAAGUUUAUCUGCACGAAAAACGUAGUUCGUGUUGGAAUCAUCAGCAUUUAUGUUUUCAUAGGUACUUACACAUCGAUAUGGAGCUACGCAUCAAAGAUUAAAGACGGGAUAUGCCAUCCAGAUGUUUACAAUGCAAGUAAUCCAGAGGAAGUGGAACAGUUCGGUCGAUUUCUACUUGGAGGAGUCAAUUUGUACUCUUUCAUCCCUAUCAUCAUUCUUUGUAUACUCACACCGAUGAUAAUAAUCAAACUCUCACAGUUAACACGGAAAAGACGCCGCCUAACCGGAAAACAUAAGAUGGUAGACCAAAAGCAACAAGCUGAGUCUAAUAGGACAACCAUGAUGUUGUUGGGAGUUAUGAUUGCCUACAUCGUACUCAUUGCCCCCGUCGGAUCCCUCCAUCUGAGCGCAUUUAUUCUGCGUAAGAAUGCUUUUGGAGUUCAAAACAGUGGGUUUCAGAUUUACACCGAAGUCACACAGAUAACCGAACAAAUCAAUUACGCCAUCAAUUUCUUCUUGUACGUUGUCACUUCAAGAAAUUUUCAACAUGAGCUGAAGAGCAUUUGCCGUUGUAACCUGGGCUUCAAGGGAUCCCUCACAGCGAGCAUAAGGAGACAGUUCACUUCUACAAAAACUACCAAAGAGAGCUCGAGCGAUGUACCUUUUGAUGAAAAAAAUGAAACGAACAAAAUUUAA